AGAGAAGACAACGAGAGAAGGAGAGCGACCAUUUCACCUCUGCUCUUUCACAGUGUCGUUUUAACUGUAUCAAGUAGUGUGUCUGAUGAAGUGUCUAUAGUUCCGAGGUCCAUAGGAUCUUAAUGUAGUGUACAACAGGGAGUUCGCUGGUUGUGUCUUCAACUGUGUGAGUAGGCCAGUAGUCUACCAGUAGUAGAGCAGUAGUAAACAGGUAACCACAGAGGACACCUGGAGCUCUGGGCUGUUAGAUCUGAGGUUCAAGAAAGAGCUGCUGAACAUUUCAAGUCAAUUCUACUGGCCUGUUGCUGUAAGCUUAGACUACACUCCUCCUGAAGUCUAAUGAUUGACAGAUAUCUACAUUCUGAAAACAAACGGAAUGCCAGUGCACCAUUUACUGCACUCGAGUGAUCUUUAGUAUCCUUAUCUUUACAGUAGUCAGCCAACAACUUUUCCACCAUAAUGUUCUGGGUCAGGUUCUUGGUUCUGGCCCUCCUGUCUCAGGCUGGUGUGACCCAGACCUCCUCUAGUCCAACCCAUGCCUCUGCGCCCCCUAACCCCACUGAGGAGCAGCCUCCCUUGAAUACGGGAAGCCUCUCAUUCCCUUGGAGCCACCUCCGUCUUCCGGAGGACAUUGUUCCGCUCCACUACCAUCUCCUGCUCCACCCUAACCUCACCAUAAUCAGCUACAUCGGUACCGUCAGGAUAGAGCUCCAGGUUCAGAACAAUACCAACUGGGUGGUGCUGCACAGCAAGGGGCUUCGUAUCACUACGGCAAAUGUGCUGGACCAGAACCUUGCUCACCUGUCAGACCAGGUUCUCCCUGUUCUCCACAACCCUACCCAUGAGCAGGUUGCCAUAUUCUCUCCCAGAGUGCUCACUGGUGGGCAGAAGUACUUCCUGUUACUGGAGUUUGGGGCGGAGCUAGGAGAGGGCUUCUGUGGCUUCUACAGGAGCACCUACAGAACCAGCACCGGAGAGACGCGUUACUGCCUGCCUCCCCCUCCAGACCUGGUGGCUAUCCCAGACUUUCAGUCCGGAGCAAUGGAGAACUGGGGUCUGAUCACCUUCAGAGAGACGAGCCUGCUCUACGACCCCACCACCUCCUCAGCCUCCGAUAGGCUCUGGGUUACCAAGGUGAUCGCCCAUGAGCUCGCCCACCAGUGGUUUGGGAACCUGGUGACCAUGAAGUGGUGGAAUGACAUCUGGCUGAACGAGGGCUUCGCCACGUACAUGGAGUACAUCUCAGUGGACACCACAUACCCCAAACUCAGAGUGGAGGACUAUUUUCUGGACACCUGCUUCGUUGCGAUUGGUCGAGACUCUCUAAACUCCUCCCGCCCCAUCUCCAGUGUAGCUGAAAGCCCCACACAGAUUAAAGAGAUGUUCGACACAGUAUCCUACAAUAAGGGGGCAUGUGUCCUGCACAUGCUAAGACACUACCUGACUGACCAAGUGUUCCAGAUUGGAAUAAUGCGUUACCUUCGCAGGUACAGCUACAGCAACGCUCGCAACCAGGACCUGUGGGACAGCCUGGCCAACACAUGUUCAGAAGAGGAGUUCACUUCUGGAGGACACUGCUACAGCAACAGCCAGGCAGCUAAGAACUCAUACCUGUACGCUGGGGAGCACCUGGACCUGACGACCAUGAUGAACACCUGGACGCUGCAGACAGGUGUGCCUUUGGUAACGGUUGCUAGACAGGGGUCUCAUCUGGUGCUGAAACAGGAGAGGUUCCUGAGGACCACACAUCCGUCUGAUCCAGCAUGGCCCAGCCUGCAGCAGGGGUACCUGUGGCACAUCCCUCUGACAUACAGGACUGACACCUCAACUAGCAUUCACAGACACCUCAUGACUACACUCACAGACAGUGUGGAGGUGGGGGAGGAGGUGGGAUGGGUGAAGGUGAAUGUGGACAUGGCUGGUUAUUACGUGGUCCACUAUGAUGGUCCAGGCUGGGACGACUUGAUACAACUACUGAAGGACAACCACACAGCUCUCAGCUUCAUGGACAGAACACACCUCAUACACAACGCCUUCCAACUCACCACAUAAGAGACCUGUGUAGCAGGUCGGCUGUCACUCGAUAAAGCCUUGGACCUCAUUGGUUACCUGCGAUCAGAGAGUCACACUGUGCCCCUCCUCCAAGGGUUGGCCUACCUGGAAGCCUUCUACAAGAUGGUGGAGAGGAUGGACAUACCUGACGUCACACAAAACCUCAGUACGUACAUCCUGUGGUAUUUCCGUGGUGUGAUUGACCAUCAGACGUGGAGCGACAAGGGCUCUGUGUCUGAGAGGCGGCUGAGGUCGGAGCUCCUGUCUCUGGCCUGCCAUCUAGGAGACCUCCCCUGUCUGGAGCAGGCCCAGCGCAGCUUCACACACUGGCUGGACUCCAACAGCACACUCAGCCUGCCUGCAGAUGUGACAGAGACAGUGUAUUCAGUAGGGGCCCAGGAGGACAGGGGCUGGGCGUCUCUCCUCCACAUAUACACUCUCUCCCUCUCAGAGACACACAAACACAAGAUCCUCUCUGCCCUGGCCAGCAGCAGAGACACAAACAAACUACACAGGUUGUUGGAGCUGGGUCUAGAGGGGGAGGUGAUCCGUACCCAGGACCUGGACUCCCUCAUCGUCAUGGUAGCCAGGAACCCCAGGGGACAUCAUCUGGCCUGGAGCUACAUCCAGAAAUACUGGAGCACCCUGGUGGACAAGUUCCAGUUGGGAUCGUUCUCUAUUAGAAACAUCAUCAUCGGCACCACAGGCCAGUUCUUCUCCACAGAGGAACUCACUGAGGUGCGUGUAUUCUUUGAGUCGAUCCAUGAGCAGGCGUCUCAGCUGAGAGUCACUCAGGUUGCCAUGGACAACAUCCAGAAGAACAUCCUCUGGUUGCAAAGAAACCUGGGAACUCUGAGGAGCUGGCUGGACCAACAGAUAGACUGAAGAGAGAAAGGGGGAGGGGGGAGAGGGGUGGGGAGAGAGAGAGCAAUAGAAAAUGAGCUUGGAGUUUUUUAAAGCUUAAUUAGAGCUUUGAUUUUUAAUUAUGAAUAUUUGUGGGAUGAUUGAGUGUAUGGUCAUGUUUUUCAGUUUACAUCGGGGAUUUGGAAAUGUUUUUGUUGAAUUUGGUUAAGAUGUUUGAUAAUAAAAUGUUGUGAAAGUA